ACAGAUUUUCUAGGUUUGCUGAAUCCGAUAGGAAAUGCCCUUGGAAAACUGAAUGGCAUGUCUCAAAACAAAAACAAAAUUGACGGGUAGAAGUUUUGGGAUUUCUCCUCUCGGAGGGUUGUGGGGCUGUUGAACAAAACAGGUCCUUAGUUUCAUAGCGGGAAAGUGGAACGAAAGAAAAAAGAAAAACGUCUCGACCUUUUCAAGACCCUAGAACCCUAAAACUUCCGAAGUUCUUUUUCGUCAACAACAAAAUCCCCAAAUUGAAGAAAUUGUAUGAAAACCAGUGUUAAGUCAGUUGACCGUGCAAAGCCGGAUUAUCUUCCACCACCAUAGAUUCAACAAAGAAGUACAGUACAGCUCUACAGGAGGAAUUUGCAUAGACCCGGUGAUGGCUUUCGCUGCUUGUCCUAUUUGUGAUGUUAUAGUGCCUUCAACUGAGCUUGAAAGGCACGCAAACAAUCAUUUUGAGGAAGAGGAACUUGCAAAGGACAUGAAGUUGUCUCAACAAAUUGCGAGGGACAUGGAGUUGGCUCAACAAAUUGCCCUUAGACCAACUAGUCCUCGAAAAAACACAGGUAAUUGGAUAUGUAGUACCAGUUCUUUUCAAUCUGAUUUUGGAGAUAAUUCAGAACCCAGUACCUCAAGAUGUAAUAGUAAGAUGAAUGAUGAUGCAGAGGUAUCUAUUCCAGAGAAAAUUUCCUGUUUAGUUAAUUUACAGCUUAGAAGCUUUUACUAUAAAGUUGAAAGGAGUCUCAUGGCUUUGUUGAGAAGAUGUUUAGAAUUGGAAAGAGAAAAUUCGACUUGUAUUUUAUCAAGCUAUAUAGAUCAUUUCCAGUCUGUUGAAUCAGAAGAUCGAGGGUGGGGUUGUGGAUGGCGUAACAUCCAAAUGCUUUCCUCACAUUUGUUAAUGCAAAGCCAAGAAGCCAAGGAAGUAUUGUUUGGCGGGUCAGGAUUUGUUCCUGAUAUCGCGUCACUCCAAAGAUGGCUUGAAAUUGCUUGGCAGAGAGGUUUUGACAUAGAUGGCUCAAAUUCAUUGAAAAAUGAAGUUUAUGGCACGAACAAAUGGAUUGGAACAACUGAAUGUGCAGCACUGUUUCGCUCUUUCAGGCUUCGGGCCAGAAUAGUAGAUUUUGGUAGUAAGGAACUUGAAUCAUUAUAUUGUGGUGGUAAUAGAGGGGCGGAGCAUGUUGAGAUGAAUAGUGAAGCGAAAAGAAAAGUAGAGCAAGUUUAUGGACCAAUGGACAAUUUUUUACAAGGAAGGAAUCUCAGAAGGCAGCAACAACAACCUAUAACUACCGGCCCCGACUCUCAAACUAGGGAUAGUCCUUCUACCUCCACCAGUGGAUAUAGCAAUGGAUUUAACGGAAGCGCUAAGUCAAAUAAAUAUGGUGUGAAGAACAUCAAGGGUCACGACGUUUUGGUCGAUUGGGUCUGGAACUAUUUUGCCGACGAGGGGUUCAGCAGGUUGGGCAAUCACCAACGUGUUACUAUUAGUAAAAAAACGCCUUUAUACUUUCAGCAUCAGGGUCAUUCGAGAACCAUCGUCGGGAUACAACGCAAGCAGCCACAAGAUGGGUCGAAACAGUGCACCCUCUUAAUUUUAGACCCUGGCCAUAAAACAAAAGCUCUGGAGUGGUCUCUUAAACAAAAUUUUGGGUGGCAAAAGCUUAUCAAAAGAGGGGUCCACACUCUUAAGAAGCCACAAUAUCAGUUGUGUUAUAUUGAUCAGUGGAUUGCAAAUGAGAAAGAAACAGAACAAAUGAAAACUAUAGAUAGCAUCUUCUUUGAGGCUUAGUAAGUUUUAGAACUGUAAGUAACCCUAAUUCUUUAUAAUAACCCUCUAAUGCCUCUAACAGAUCUCGGGUCUGUCACAAAUUCUGGAUAUGUAUUCUUCAGCUUGAAGUAGUUGCUCUUCAAAGCUGAGACUCUCUAUUUUGUUGCACUAAACUCCAUCUUUCAUAAGAGUAACAUUGUAGGCAGAGACAUUAGUACUUGGGGUUGAACUGCAACAUUCGGCAAUGCAAUAUGCAAGGUCA